AUGAACGAAUACAAAACCGUACACAGCUUUGUCGAAACCCAUGCAGAAUGGGAAAAAGAAUUCUUUUGCGCUCUCAUCACUGUAUGUAUUACCCAUCGCUAUAAGGGAACGAACGACGUCUUGUACAAGAGCGAGAACGAAGUUGUCGACGACGCUACGACAAACUGGGAAGUUUGGGGGCAAGUGAUGCAUGAUGCCGUCGUAGAAUCGAAGAUAUUUCCGGAAGAUCCAACAAUAGAUUUCCGAAAACCAGAGGACGUAGAGAAAUUCCUCUUGAAGAAAAACAGAGAGUAUUGUUUAGAAGCUUUUUCGAAUGCCGAACCUCAAUCAAUGACUGCAGAGGACAUAUACCGGCAGUUAAUGCGGCCUUGGGCAGUAUAUAUUGACGAUCUCAAUACAAGUAUUGACAAUAUAGACAAGGCUGAGAUCCACCACGCAACAGAGCUUAAAUAUCUGAAUUUUUCAGAAUUUCUAGCUACGAUGCUAGAGAGAUUAAACCCAGGAAUUAUGCGCCGUAUGCGGUACAUAUGA